UCGAUGGGGCAGAGGAGCUCAAAGGAGAUGCAGCUCUGCCGGGAGGGGAGAGAGGGGCUCCCACAAAAUCCGCGGUGCAGCAUCUCGGGAGGCCUGAGGAUUUGACCCUCUGGAGCAUGAAUGCCAAGCUGGUGGGUUCUGGACUGUAUUAGCAGGCCCCUCAAGGGAAGCACGAUGGCCACUGCAGCAGCAGCAGCUUCUCACCUCAACCUGGACGCCCUCCGGGAAGUGCUGGAAUGCCCCAUCUGCAUGGAGUCCUUCACAGAGGAGCAGCUGCGGCCCAAGCUCCUGCACUGUGGCCAUACCAUCUGCCGCCAGUGCCUGGAGAAGCUCCUGGCCAGUAGCAUCAACGGUGUCCGCUGUCCUUUCUGCAGCAAGAUUACCCGCAUAACCAGCCUCACCCAGCUGACGGACAACCUGACGGUGCUGAAGAUCAUUGACACAGCCGGGCUCAGCGAGGCUGUGGGGCUGCUCAUGUGCCGGUCCUGUGGCCGGCGGCUGCCCCGGCAGUUCUGCCGGAGCUGCGGCGUGGUGUUGUGCGAGCCCUGCCGGGAGGCGGAUCACCAGCCCCCCGGCCACUGCACGCUUCCCGUCAAAGAAGCAGCUGAGGAGCGGCGUCAGGACUUUGGAGAGAAGCUGGCCCGCCUGCGGGAGCUCAUGGGGGAGCUGCAACGCCGGAAGGUGGCCUUGGAAGGGGUCUCCAAGGACCUUCAAGCACGGUAUAAAGCGGUUCUCCAGGAGUACGGCCAUGAGGAACGCAGGGUCCAGGAGGAGCUGGCUCGCUCCCGGAAGUUCUUCACGGGCUCUUUGGCUGAGGUUGAGAAGGCCAACAGUCAGGUGGUCGAGGAGCAGAGCUACCUGCUUAACAUUGCAGAGGUGCAGGCUGUGUCUCGCUGUGACUACUUCCUGGCCAAGAUCAAGCAGGCAGAUGUAGCGCUCCUGGAAGAGACAGCGGACGAGGAGGAGCCGGAGCUCACGGCCAGCCUGCCCCGGGAGCUAACCCUGCAGGAUGUGGAGCUUCUCAAGGUUGGCCAUGUCGGUCCCCUCCAAAUCGGGCAGGCGGUUAAAAAGCCCCGGACAGUCAACAUGGAAGAUUCCUGGGCCAUGGAGGCAGCAGCCUCUGCCGCCUCCACCUCCGUUACAUUUAGAGAGAUGGACAUGAGCCCCGAGGAAGUGGUCGCCAGCCCUAGGGCCUCGCCUGCUAAGCAGCGGGGUUCCGAGACCACUGCCAAUAUCCAGCAGUGCCUCUUUCUCAAGAAGAUGGGGGCCAAAGGCAGCACGCCAGGCAUGUUCAACCUUCCAGUCAGUCUCUACGUGACGAGUCAAGGCGAAGUGCUGGUCGCUGACCGAGGCAACUACCGUAUACAAGUCUUCACUCGGAAAGGCUUCUUGAAGGAGAUCCGCCGCAGCCCUAGCGGCAUUGACAGCUUCGUGCUGAGCUUCCUCGGGGCUGAUCUGCCCAAUCUCACUCCCCUCUCCGUGGCCAUGAACUGCCAUGGGCUCAUCGGUGUGACUGACAGCUACGACAACUCCCUCAAGGUAUACACCUUGGACGGUCACUGCGUGGCCUGUCACAGGAGCCAGCUCAGCAAACCCUGGGGCAUCACAGCCCUUCCGUCUGGCCAGUUUGUGGUCACUGAUGUGGAAGGUGGAAAGCUCUGGUGCUUCACUGUUGACCGCGGAGCAGGGGUGGUCAAAUACAGCUGCCUCUGCAGUGCCGUGCGGCCCAAGUUUGUCACCUGUGAUGCUGAGGGCACCGUCUACUUCACCCAGGGCUUGGGCCUCAAUCUCGAGAAUAGGCAGCAUGAGCACCACCUGGAGGGUGGCUUCUCCAUUGGCUCGGUGGGCCCCGAUGGGCAGCUGGGUCGCCAGAUUAGCCACUUUUUCUCGGAGAAUGAGGAUUUCCGCUGCAUUGCCGGCAUGUGUGUGGAUGCUCGUGGCGAUCUCAUCGUGGCCGACAGCAGUCGGAAGGAAAUUCUCCACUUCCCUAAGGGUGGGGGCUAUAGUGUCCUUAUUCGAGAGGGGCUCACGUGUCCGGUGGGCAUCGCCCUCACCCCGAAAGGGCAGCUGUUGGUCUUGGACUGCUGGGACCACUGCAUCAAGAUCUACAGCUACCACCUGAGAAGAUACUCCACCCCGUAGGGGAGGGGAGAGACGGUUUCUUCCGCUUCCCAGCCACUUUCCUCUCCCUUCUUCCUUGGUUAGCGCUGGUAUUGUCGAGUGCACUUGGCUUGUGUUUCUAUGCCAGCUGGCUAGUCCUAGAAUUUUAGAAGCUGUAUUUUAGUGGGGUUUUUUUUGUUGUUGUUUU